CUUCCAAAAAUUUCACUUCCUUCUUUUGACGGAGAGAAGAUGACUCAAUGGUUGGAAUUCAGAGAUACGUAUCUUUCUUUAAUUCACUCUAAUAAUAAUUUAGGGAAUAUUAAUAAAUUUCAUUAUUUGAGAGCAGCUCUUAAAGGCAGUGCCUUAACAGUCAUAAAAAAUCUUGAAUUCACUUCCAAAAAUUAUGAAGUAGCAUGGCAAUUGCUAUCAAGUAGGUACGACAAUGAACGAUUGCUUGUAAAUAUACAUGUCAACUCGUUACUAAAUUUCUCAACAAUGACAAAAGAGUCUGGAAAAUCCUUAAGAAAUUUAGUCGAUACAAUUAAUCGUAAUUUAUGUGCAUUAAAUACCCUAGGUCAACCCACUGAUCACUGGGAUACCUUGGUUAUUCAUUUAAUGAGUCGUAAGUUAGACAGUGUUACCUUUCGUGAGUGGGAGGAACAUCGUAACUCAAUAACUACUUCUCCUACAUUAAAACAAUUUAUAGAUUUUCUAAUAGGCAGAGCUGACUUAUUAGAUACUAUACAACUUGAAGAAACACAAAGACAGUCAACUUCACAAAUAAAUCAAAAUACACAAUUUACACAGAAUAAGCACAUUACACAAUCAAAAAAUACAAGUUUAAAUAAAGAAAAAAUUACACUUAAAACCACUGCAUGUCCUUUAUGUACACAAAAUCAUUUUUUAUUUAGCUGUUCUGAAUUUAGAAAAUUAAGCGUAGAUGAACGCUUAGAAAAAAUGAAGAAUUUCAGUGUGUGUAAAAAUUGUUUACGGCCUGGUCACAAAGACAGUCAGUGCCGCUUAACUCACUGUAAAUACUGUUCUUUAAAGCACAGCACACUUUUACAUAAAGAUACUGAACAGCACACCACAGUUGCCUUAUCUGCAAAUAUUCAGACUAGUAACAAACCUCUUACAUUGCUUUCCACAGCAUUGGUGAAUGUGGUCGGCGCCGACGGGAAACUACAUCCUGCUCGCGCUCUUCUAGACAAUGCCUCCACGGGGCAUUACGUCACACAGCACCUGUGUGAGAAGCUGGGUUUGCUGCGUCGAAGCGUAAGCUCCUCUGUGACAGUUAAAGCUUUGCACCUGGAGCUCGUCACGGAUUUGACAAAGGAGGCCUUCAUAUCAGCAUUUCUAAAAUUUAUAUCACGUCGCGGUAAGCCAAUGUCUGUAACGUCCGAUAACUCGACGACCUUUAUUGGAGCCAGUAAUGAAAUCGCAUCUUUUUUCUCAAAAUACUCAGACGACAUCAAGUCAGAUCUUAGCAAUAGGGAUAUUGAAUUCCGCCGUAUACCCCAGUACACACCUCACUUCGGGGGUUUAUGGGAGUCUGCUGUCAAAUCAGUCAAAUUUCACCUUAAACGCAUCUUAAAUUUAACACAUUUAACGUACGAAGAGAUGACCACGUGUCUGGUUCAGAUUGAAGCCAUCCUAAAUUCCAGACCACUCACACCUCUUUCUUCCGAUCCUUCCGACCUUACUUGCCUCACUCCCGCUCAUUUCCUCAUAGGACGCUCACUCUUGUCGGUUCCUCGCCCAAUGGUCAGCGAUACAAACAUCGCCGCCAUGGAUCGCUACCAACGCAUCGAGGCGCUCAAGCAGCACUUCUGGCGGAGAUUCUCGGCUGAAUACGUCUCUCUGCUACAACAGCGCAUGAAAUGGCAGAGGGGCUCAAUCACAAGUCUCCAGCUAGGUAGCCUGGUGCUCGUGAAAGACAGAGCGCAGCGACCACUUUUAUGGCUGCUUGGAAGAGUGGAGAAGGUGCAUCCAGGACAGGACGGAGUGGCUCGCGUGGCAGAGAUCAAAACAAAGAAGGGAGUCAUCACGCGGGCCUUUAACAACAUUUGCCCCUUCCGAUUUCCAACUCGCGCGGGCAGGAUGUUUAGUGCUAUAGCACUGCACAAGGCGUGCGCGGCGGCGGGCUGCGGGAGCGGGGAGCCUCGCGGUGCGGCGCCGGCGCGCGGCACAAUGCAUUCGCGGCGCGACCGCCUCCAAAUUACCAGCGCUUAA